AUGCCGUUUCUGAAGUGGACCCGACCCCGUCGCGCUGCUGGAAGCUACGCGGACCGCGACUCGCUCGACGACACUCUACCCAAUGUGAUUAUAUCAGUGCCGGUUCCAACCCCCUCGGGACUGCAUCCAGCGCGGCUCGCAACGUUCCCCGUCAGACCGUAUCGCGCUGCUCCCGCUGCAAGCCGCGUCCACCCUGCCGACCACUGCGAUGGUGCCAGGAAGCUUCGGGGCGUCGUUGCAGAACGAACCUGCCCGUGUUCGAAUCGGCGACCGUCAUCUGCGGAAGAGAACGAAUCUGCGGGGGAGAACGAAUCUGUGCGAACUUUCGCUAAAAAUCACAACAGAGUGGCGAUGACGGGCGGCUCUGAACUUUCGCCGCUGGAUGGCGUGUCGAACGCACGAAAUGCGCACGAUGCCCGAGACUUUGGUGGCGAGUGCCACUCGCAGUGCCUGAAACGGGGGCCUGGAGAGUUGGCGAAGGAGUGCACGGUUUGCCUGAGUGACUUUAACGAAAUGGAGCUGGUUCGCUCUCUGCCCUGCACGCAUCGAUUCCACGUCAGCUGCAUCGACCACUGGCUCGCCGACAGGACCACGUGCCCCGUGUGUCGGGUAGAUCUUUCUACCGCGGCUGCACCGGAUGUGACUGUAAACAGCGUUGCGUCGGAGAUGCACCUGAAGGACGGGAAUAAUUCUGGCUCGCGGUCAGGACCAGUGUCCGUGUGUGCGUAA